GUAAUCAGUAAGUAUGGUAGUUACUUCAAUAAGAAAAUAAAGUCAGUGGAUAGAGAUAAGUGAAAAAAAAUAAUAAAUAGAUAAAAAAAAAUUAUCUCGAAUGCACACUGGCGGCAUUUCAAACUUUCAAACGGAGGAGCGAGUGAUAGCCUAGCUCGUCACCUUUCUCGGAUUUUUUUUUCCUCCUCUUAUCAAAAUUUUCUGUAUCUUCAUAACCAGAGCAGCCUGACCAGCUCUCCCUGUCCACCGUGAGUCAGGCUUCUCCAUCCAUCCUCUUCUUGCAGGAAAUAGUGAAGAAAAAGAGGAAUAAGAUCAAACAAUGAUACUUUGCUAUUGUUAGAAUGAGAUUGCCUUCGUAUAUACUCUCUCUCUCUCUCUCUCUCUCUCUCUCUCUCUCUCUCUCUCUCUCUCUCUCUCUCUCCUUCAACAGAUCGCACAACAACUAUUGACCCCUUGAUUAUUCCUCCUCCUCCUCCUCCGUGAUUAUCUUCUACAGAAUCUUCAUCGUCGGGAGCCUUUUGUUUUCCAUACCGCGUAAAGAAGUCGUCAUGUGGCAGCGGGUGGAAAGGCUCUAUAGCAAACGUGGCUGGAAACGAGGCUGCGUGUUGGAGGAAGUAGACGGACAGCUGGUGGUUGCCCGGUGCCGUGGCCUCGCGUCUCCCUCACUCCUAUCUCGUCACCGUAAACAUCGGAAUUAUCACCCCACCCGCACACCCUUAUGUCGUCUGUCCCAGAUGGAGGGAUCAGUGAACCGGCGACGUCCUUCCUCUCAGUGUGCUUCUAACCUUGAGAGGGAAUUUAUACGUUGCAUCACCGUGCGUUCCAAACCCCUGCAGCGCGGCUUGGAGAAGGAUACAUCCGUAGACAUCUUGGGAGGAAGCUGGGAACGUAGAAGUGACAAUAAGAAACGGAAAGAAGACGAGAUGCGAAGGAUUAUUAGAAUAUCGGUUCCUACCAAUCCACGUACGCCAGUACCUGCCAGACAAGCCCAUCCAGAGAGGCAGACACAUGGCGCCAGAAGAGAGAGUAGGUUGCGUGGGGUGAUGGCAAGAAGAGUACUGCUGUUCGACAGAGAUCCUAUGUGGGGAGUACCUUGGGAUUCCGUAAAGACUUGCAGCACCCCUAAAAGUACUGCAUCCAGCAGCAACACCUCGCCAAAUACCCCAACGAAAUCCCCAGCAACCACCCCGGUCAUCUUUCGCACCCCUACCAACACCCUGGUCGUUCUCAACUCUCCUACCACCACCCCAAAAAAGUCACACACCCCUACCAAGACCAGAGCCACCAAUAGCACCCCAAAAACUCCCCCAACCAGUCCAUCAUUCAAGGCAUUCAUAGAGCAGGAGAUGGCAACCUUGCCGGACACCUCACCUCUUAAGGCCGUUUUAUCGAUAGGCAACUUCUGGUCACCCGACGCUUCCCGCUCCCGCGCUGCCUUGGAUGACUCCCCUGGAAUCCCAAAAGUCAGCUUGACGCCCACCGCCUCCGCGAUAUCUCCGUGGAAGGGCGCGGGACCUGUUCCGUUUAGUCCUUCUCUGUUUAUCGUACAGGCGGCGAUGUUGGCUGACGGGCCGCUGAGGACUAAUAUCUAUCGCCAACUACACUGUUAUAGGUGAGACACACACACACACACACACACACACACACACACACACACACACACAGGAUGUAGUCUUAUCUGUUUAAAGUGAUUAUUUUAUGACAAUUUAGAGAUAUGACGUAUUAGUUUUCGUAAUUCGACUUGUCGUUUUUUUUUAUCAAUUAGAUUAUCUUAUCCUUCAUGACCAAUGAAAAAAAUAAAAGGACAGUAGAUUUUUUGUCCUCGGGUGUCUUAGGAACACCUGCCAGACAAGCUGAGGUAAGCUGCAGAUAAAUUUCAGUAUCUACCUUGACACGAUUUUAAGGGUGCAUUCCUUAUUUUUCUUUUAUUUUAGUUGCUAUCAUCAUUGUCAUGUUAGCGGCGGCAGGUGUUCUUCACUGAUAAGGAUUUGUAUAAUUUCUGAGUUUAUAUUAUCAAUUAUUUUUACUAUUACAGAUCAGGAAAUACUAUUUAGGUUUUAUUUAUAUUUUCACCCAAACUUAGAUGUAUUGUUUUAAUCAAAAAUUUUUGGUUUUAAUCGUUUUUAUUUCAGCAAGAAAAUGUGAAACUUAAAAAAAAUAUAAUAAUAAUAAUAAUAAAUAAACCUUCCACCGACUGCUCCCAGUGGUGUUCCUUUCAAACACGAAAAGGUCCCCAACCCGUCAAGUAAAGUUUAGUUCAUGUACCAAGUAACGGAAACCAAAAAUCAGAAUGGAUAAGAACAUGUCAUUCAUUUUCUAUGGGAAAGGAAUACGCGUGUAUUAGGUCAUUAUUUCCUCCUUUACAUCCUGGAAACGGACCAGUAUAGGAGUUCUGAGUCGUCCCUUCCAGUUUUUCUCAACCCCCCAGUGUUAACUCUGUACAUGGCCCAUGUAUGGAGUAUGCUUCAUAUGUAAACAGGAGUUCCACGCAUACAGCGCUUUUAGAGUGGAAUGAAAAGAUUUUUUCGCCUUAUCAAGUCCUCUCCUCUGAUUAACUGU